CAUGAAGUGAUACGUCGUUGUGAUGUAGAAAUGCAAGAGUUGAAUGAUCUCGACAAGGAGCAGCAGUCGAACAAGAUAAUGGGAGCCGCUAACGAAGAAUCACUCCCUCUUCAUGGAAAUGUUAAAGAAGUAAAGCAAAGUUCAGUUGUGUGCGAAGAGCCCAUGGAUGAUGCAGUUGUUGAGAUUCGGAAGACAGUGAUAGAAACAGGGACUGAAAAGUCUGUGGUUGUAGAAGAAGAUGGUGCUCACAAGCAGAUGAAAGAACAGGAGAUGACAGUCCCAGAUGUGAAAGUCAGCAAUCCCGCAUACACGACAAGCGAUUUACCGAGUUCAUCAGACGCCAGCACCACAGUAAACCCCGUCUCAAAAGUCGAAAGCACAUCUGCAGAGGAGCCUGCGUUGAAAAAGACGAAGUUCAUGAAAAAGAAGAAGAAACCUGUUGAGGUAAGUAGAAUUGUAGUCUGA